GGGACACGUGAGAGGCUGGGCCGGGACCUGAUCUGCGCUCUGGGUGGUGGUGGAGGAGCUUCUGGGCUCCGGGCGCGGCCGCCAUGGGGAAGGUGAACGUGGCCAAGUUGCGUUACAUGAGUCGGGAUGACUUCAGGGUCCUGACCGCGGUUGAGAUGGGCAUGAAGAACCAUGAGAUAGUGCCCUGCAGUUUGGUUGCGUCCAUAGCCAGCCUUAAACAUGGUGGCUGCAAUAAAGUGUUAAGAGAAUUAGUGAAACAUAAGCUCAUAGCUUGGGAGCGUACCAAAACUGUCCAGGGCUAUCGGUUGACAAAUGCAGGCUAUGAUUACCUGGCUUUGAAAACACUUUCUUCUAGACAGGUAGUUGAGUCUGUCGGAAACCAGAUGGGUGUUGGCAAAGAAUCUGAUAUUUACAUUGUUGCAAAUGAAGAAGGGCAGCAGUUUGCAUUGAAGCUUCACAGACUGGGAAGAACCUCCUUUCGAAAUCUGAAGAACAAGCGUGAUUACCAUAAACACAGGCGUAACAUGUCGUGGCUUUAUUUAUCUCGUCUCUCUGCCAUGAAAGAAUUUGCCUACAUGAAGGCAUUGUAUGAGAGGAAAUUUCCAGUUCCAAAGCCAAUUGAUUAUAAUCGCCAUGCAGUAGUCAUGGAACUCAUAAAUGGCUAUCCUCUAUGUCAGAUACACCAUGUUGAAGAUCCUGCAUCAGUAUAUGAUGAAGCUAUGGAACUAAUUGUCAGACUUGCAAAUCAUGGACUGAUUCAUGGAGAUUUCAAUGAAUUCAAUCUCAUUUUGGAUAAAGAUGACCACAUCACCAUGAUUGAUUUUCCACAAAUGGUUUCAACUUCUCAUCCCAAUGCCGAAUGGUAUUUUGACAGAGAUGUUAAAUGCAUUAGAGAUUUCUUCAUGAAACGUUUCAGCUAUGAAAGUGAGCUUUAUCCAUCCUUUAGUGAUGUCAGGAGGGAGGACUGUCUUGAUGUAGAGGUUUCUGCCAGCGGCUACACCAAGGAGAUGCAGGCAGAUGAUGAACUGCUUCAUCCACUAGGUCCGGAUGAUAAAAAUACUGAAACAGAGGAGAGAUCUGAAUGCUCAUCUUCUGAUGAAGAGGUGUCAGAAAAAGCAAAGGUUUGCAGAUCAGAAAAUGAAAGUGAACGGAACUCGGGAGAUGAAUUAGUUGACUGCUGUUGCAGAUCAGCUGGAGACCUUGAACAAAUAAAGGAAGACAAUUUGUCAGAGGGCAGUGCUGAUGCACACAAUUUUGAAAUGACUGAACUCAGUCAAGCUUUAGAAGAAAUAAAAGGGCAGGUUGUUGAAAACAAUUCUGUAACUGAGUUUUCUGGGGAGACAAACAGAACUGAAAAUGACACCAGGCAAGACAGUAAGACAGGUCGCGGAGGAGUGCCCACAGGCUCUGCAGAGGGUGAAGAUGAGUGCCCUCUUCUGAUUGCCUUGUCGUCGUUGAACAGAGGCUUCAGGCCUUUCAGAGAUGAAGAAAAUAUUGAAGAUAUUAAGCAACAUAGAACAAGAACACUGAGCGUUACUUCUGCGGGCAGUGUUGUAAGCUGUUCAACAAUUCCACCGGAACUGGUGAAGCAGAAGGUGAAACGUCAAUUGACAAAACAGCAAAAGUCAGCUGUCAGACGUCGAUUGCAGAAAGGAGAAGCAAAUAUAUUUACCAAGCAGCGGAGGGAAAACAUGCAAAAUAUUAAAUCCAGCUUGGAAGCAGCCAGCUUGUGGGGAGAGUAAUAUAUUUAAGAUCUUGAAUGUUUUUCAAAAAGUUACAGUGAUCCCUUUUAAGGCCACUUUAGUCUUCUUCGGACUAAGGCAGAUAUAUAAAUAGAUAAAUAAACCUUUUUUUAUCUCUGAA